UGGGCCCUUGUUUAGGGUGCAGCCAAGUUCACCCCUUCCUGCUUUUUGGUUCUCCCUCCCUGCCUCAGGUGACGACGCUGACGGUGGAUCCAGCGUGUGCCAUGCCUCCCAGGAGCUAUGUUUGCGCUUAACGGGAGCCAUGGCACUUCCUCCUCCUUCCUCCUGCUGGGGAUUCCUGGCCUGGAAGCUUUUUACCGCUGGAUCUCCAUCCCGCUCUCCUCCCUGUACGUUGUGACUCUGCUGGGGAACAGCACCAUGCUGUACGUGAUCACCACCGAGCAGAGACUCCACAAGCCCAUGUACCUCUUCCUCUGCAUGCUGUCCACCAUAGAUCUGGUCCUGUCCACCUCCACCCUGCCCAAGAUGCUCCGUAUCCUCUGGUUCCGAGCUGGAGAAAUCAGUUCCACGGCCUGCCUGGUCCAGAUGUUCUUCAUCCACGCCUUCUCGGUCAUGGAGUCCAGUGUGUUGGUGGCCAUGGCCUUUGACCGUUUCGUGGCCAUCUGCAACCCCCUGAGAUACGAUUCCAUCCUAACCACCCCGCUGCUGACCAAGAUUGGCAUCGUAGUGGUCCUGAGAGGCACCCUCUUCAUCGCCCCAAUCCCCAUCUUAGCCGCACGCCUUUCAUACUGCAAGAGCAACACCAUUGCUCACACCUAUUGUGAGCAUAUGGCGGUGGUGAAGCUGGCUUGCUCAAGCAUCCUGGCCAACGUGGUCUACGGGCUCCUGGUGGCCCUCCUGGUGGUCGGGGGCGAUCUGCUGUUUAUCACCUUUUCCUACUGCAUGAUUACCAGGGCGGUCCUGGCCCUGCCCUCACGAGAUGCCCGCUACAAGGCCUUCAGCACCUGUGCAGCUCACGUGGUGGUCAUCCUGGUGUCCUACACGCCAGCUCUCUUCACCAUCCUGACACACAGAUUUGGCCACCAUGUGUUACCUUACGUGCACAUUCUUCUGGCCAACUUCUACCUCCUCUUCCCUCCCAUGCUGAACCCCAUUGUCUACGGAGUGAAGACCAGGGAGAUCCGAGACCAAGUGGUCACUCUCGUCCUUAGGAGGAAGGGCCUUGCAUGACGGACUUCACCAGGACCUUCUAUGCAAGAAUCACUUGCUGAGAUGGGCGGUUAUAGUGAUCAAAUGAAGCCCAUUCGAUAAUGUAAGGCCAGGACGACAUAAAUCACC